AUUUACCCCUUGCAUGGGCGGCUCCUUUAACAAGAGCUGGGAUUGCUAGGGUGCUGGGAUUCCACUACACACCCAAGUCUACAAAACACCAGCCUGCUUUCUUCUCAGUUUAUUAGUUUCAUGCAUGCUGAAACUAACCGGUGGUGAGGACAGUGGGGUUUCCACGGAUUACAGUUUGCCCUGGAUCGUGUAAAUAAACGCUGAUUGUCAAGAUGGAAAUGUCCAAUUUCACACUUUUUGAUCCGCGAUGCAGGGAAGAGGCUCCGUUCGCUAUCGAUGUUAUUAUGCAGCUGGAUAUCUUUGGCAUUGUCCUCUUCUCUGUACUGACUUUAAUGGCCACAGUGUCCAUGCUGGUUUUCACUGAAGAAUGCAUCUACAUCUAUAAGAAAGUACCUCCAAAUAAGAAAAGUGUAAUCAUUUGGGUAACCGGAGCAGCACCGGUUAUUGCUACCAUGUCUUGUUUGGGCAUGUGGGUUCCAAGGGCCACAAUGUUCACUGAUAUGACAUCAGCUACAUACUUUGCAAUUGUGGUCUUCAAGUUCCUGAUUCUCAUGAUUGAAGAGGUCGGAGGAGACAAUGCAUUUCUCAGGCACUCAGAGAAUAAGUCAUUUAAGAUCAGCACAGGACCUUGCUGCUGCUGCUGCCCGUGUCUGCCAAAUGUCCCCAUCACACCAGGAUCUCUGUUCAUUUUGAAACUGGGGUCCUACCAGUUUGCGCUGUUGAAAUUGGUCUUAACUAUCCUUUCUAUAGUCCUCUGGUCGAAUGGCAACUUCAAUUUAGCUGAUGUUUCAGCCACUGGAGCAGCCAUAUGGAUAAACUCCUUUAUAGGCGUUCUCACCAUUAUCGCCCUUUGGCCUGUUGCAAUCAUGUUCAUGCAUGUGCGAGAGGCAUUACGCACCCUUAAAAUGGUCCCUAAAUAUGCCAUGUAUCAGUUGGUGCUGAUUCUUAGCCAGCUGCAAACUGCUGUCAUCAACAUACUGGCAAUGAACGGGACUAUUGCCUGCACACCACCCUACACGUCCCAGGCCCGUGGAUACUUGAUGAGUCAGCAGCUGUUGAUUGUGGAGAUGUUCAUCAUCACGCUAGUGACCCGUGUUUUAUAUAGACGUCAGUAUGACCCCAUACCAGAUCUGGAUGAUGUUGAGGAGACAAAGACUGUCCUCACCUCAACAAAAGUUGUAUAUAUUGCCUGAGAAGGACAGACUGUUGCGUGUGAUUGAGAUUUUGCUAUUUUUUUGAGGCCAGUUUGUAAAAAAAAAAAAAAAAGUAAUUUGUGAACAAUGAUGGUCAUGGCAACGUUACAUUUUCUAUAUGUAUGUACAUUUACAUUUAGUAAUUUAGCAGACACUUUUAUCCAAAGUGACUUACAAAUGAGGACAAAUGAUGAUGUAAAAAUGUACAUGCUAGUAUCUAAUAUUUUGCCAGUUAUUGGGCUGCAGAAUUUGACUGUAGAGUCAACCAUGGCUUUGAGGGCCCUGAUAUUGAUGUUUACACUUUUUAUUGGGUGCGUCAAUCUGGGGAAUCAGGACUACAAAGCAUUAGUAGAUCUUGUGAGUCAUGGUGCACAUUGCUGAUGAAGUGAGAUAAAGUCAUUUCUAUGGCUUGAUGGUCGGCUGCAUGAAAGAUUUUUGGAACUGUAUAAAG